AUGGCUGGAAUCGUCACUGCUCAAGACCUAGUUGCUGCUCUGGCAUCGCAUCACACUCGAGUGUCUAAAGAGCCAGUACAAGAAGCUCUUUCCGUUGAAAAAAUCAAGCAAGAGUUUGAGAGAAUGCGAGAGACCUCAAGCUGCUGUAACUAUCACAAAAAGAGACCACCGGACCAUCGAUCUCGUCAGCUGUGCGCGGUGGCUAAAACUGCAUUGCUUAUUGAUGCUAUUUGCACCCUGUGUUAUUCUUGUAAUUUGGCUAACUUUCGUGCUGUUUACACCCAACAUCCUGAACUUCACACGGUUGACGUCGUUCAUUUGGGGAACAGCAGCACCGAUCCAGGCGCUGACGAGAGAGAAGACGAUUCGACUGGUCACAACGCGGGGGAAGCUUGUUCAAAGUCCUCGUGUAAUGGGUACCGGUUGUGUUACGAAGUAGUGAAAAAGGAAAACGAUCCGUUUUCUCGUCACGGUGAGAAGGUUAAGGUAAGCCUCGCGGAAGUCAUGUCUCGUUUGCUAACAGAAAAGCCCGGACUCAGAGAGAAUUACGUCUGA